UGGACUCUAUUGAUUGGUCAACGAGGAGAUGUAAAAAAUGGCUGCCUUGCAUUCUCCUACUCAGGUGGCAGGGAACCACAGCGCUAUAUACGAAGCGUAUUAUCACCAGGUGGACCCGAACGCGACGGGCGCGGUGCAGGCGCCCGACGCCGCGCGCUUCCUCAAGAAGUCCCGCCUCAGCGACGUCGUGCUCUCCAAGAUAUGGGACCUCUCCGACCCCAAUGGCAAGGGAUACCUCGACAAGACGGGGCUGUUCGUGGCGCUGAAGCUGGUGGCGCUGGCGCAGGCGGGCCGCGACAUCAACAUGAGCAACAUCCACGCCGACACGCCGCCACCCAAAGUGGGCGAGCUGCCGCGCAUACCGGCGCAGGGCCCCCCGCGCCCCGCGGCGCCGUCCCCCGCCCCCGCGCCCGCGCCCGCGCCCGCCCCCUCCGCCGUCUGCGACUGGUCCAUCAAGCCCAGCGAGCGCGACAAGUACAACGCGCUCUUCGACUCGCUGCAACCCAGUAACGGGCUCAUCGCCGGCAACAAGGUGAAGGGAGUGCUGAUGGAGUCUAAGCUGCCCUUGGAUACUCUCGGCAAGAUCUGGGAUCUAGCGGAUCAGGACCGCGACGGCAUGUUGGACCGCCACGAGUUUUUGGUGGCGAUGCACCUGGUGUACAAGGCGCUGGAGAAGCACGCGGUGCCGACCACGCUGCCGCCGUCGCUGCGCGCGCGGCCCGCGCGGCCCCCGUCCCGCCCCGCCUCGCGCCCCCCCUCGCGGCCCCCCUCGCGCCCCGCCUCGCCCGCGCCCGCGCCCGCGCCCGCCCGCCCCGCGCCGCCCGCACAGAGCAACGCGAGCUUGCUCGAGGGCCUGCUGGACUUGUCGAGCCCGCCAUCAUCGCAGCCGCCGCUGAUGGCGCCCCUGUCCGCGGCCCCUCCCGGCGCGGGCGCGCUGUCGGCCCCGCUGUCGGCCUCGCUGUCGGCCUCGCUGUCGGCCUCGCUCGUGUCCCCGGCCCCCUCGGCGGGUGGCUGGGCGGUGUCGGCGGCGGAGAAGGCCGCCUCGGACGCGCAGUUCGCGGUGGCCGACGCGGACCGCGACGGACUCGUGUCGGGGCUCGAGAUCAAACACGUGUUCCUCGAGUCCGGGCUGCCCCAGCAGACCCUCGCGCACAUAUGGGCGCUCUGCGACAUAGAGGGCGUGGGCAAGCUGAACCGUGGGCAGUUCGCGCUCGCCAUGUGGCUCGUGAAGAGGGCACUGCGGGGAGAGGCCCCGCCCCAGCACCUGGCCCCCAACAUGAGGCCCCCGCCCGAGGCCGCCGUGCCACAGCUCGUGGAGGCGCCGACGCUGGGCCCGCAGCCCACGCCGGAGAUGGAAGCCAUCGCGCGCGAGGUGGACGCGCUGGCACGCGAGCGGCUCUCGCUGGAGGCCGAGACCGCCACGAGGACCCGCGAGCUGGCCGCCGGCACACAGGAGGCCACCGGCCUGCAGAUGGAAGCCCGCGAGGUGGACGCGCUGGCACGCGAGCGGCUCUCGCUGGAGGCCGAGACCGCCACGAGGACCCGCGAGCUGGCCGCCGGCACACAGGAGGCCACCGGCCUGCAGAUGGAAGCCCGCGAGGUGGACGCGCUGGCACGCGAGCGGCUCUCGCUGGAGGCCGAGACCGCCACGAGGACCCGCGAGCUGGCCGCCGGCACACAGGAGGCCACCGGCCUGCAGAUGGAAGCCCGCGAGGUGGACGCGCUGGCACGCGAGCGGCUCUCGCUGGAGGCCGAGACCGCCACGAGGACCCGCGAGCUGGCCGCCGGCACACAGGAGGCCACCGGCCUGCAGAUGGAAGCCCGCGAGGUGGACGCGCUGGCACGCGAGCGGCUCUCGCUGGAGGCCGAGACCGCCACGAGGACCCGCGAGCUGGCCGCCGGCACACAGGAGGCCACCGGCCUGCAGAUGGAAGCCCGCGAGGUGGACGCGCUGGCACGCGAGCGGCUCUCGCUGGAGGCCGAGACCGCCACGAGGACCCGCGAGCUGGCCGCCGGCACACAGGAGGCCACCGGCCUGCAGAUGGAAGCCCGCGAGGUGGACGCGCUGGCACGCGAGCGGCUCUCGCUGGAGGCCGAGACCGCCACGAGGACCCGCGAGCUGGCCGCCGGCACACAGGAGGCCACCGGCCUGCAGAGUGAAUUAGACACGUUGACGGCGACGCUGAAACAGUUAGAAAACCAAAAAGGAGAGGCACAAAAGAGGUUAAAUGAUCUCAAAGCACAGGUGGAGAAGCUGAGGUCUCAGGUGGCGGCGCAAGAAGCCGCCGCCAACGAGACCUCCGCCGAGGUGGCGGCGCGACGCCAGGCCGCCAACGGUCUGCGCGAGCGGGAGAGCAUGCUGCAGGACGAGCUGGAGCGAGCGAGACGGCAGGCCGACGAGCUCACGCACGCGCACAGCCGCACCGUGCUGCAAGUCAGCCAGGCGAACAUAAAGAUAAGCCACCUGGAGGAGCAGCUGCGGUUGAUCUCGGAGGCCGCGGAGGCGCUGUCGGCGGGCGGGGUGGGGGGUGGGGGGGCGGCGGCGCACGCGGCGCUCGCUAUACGCCCCGCCAUCGACCAGGCGAGCUUGGACCGGCUAGUCGGCGCCGGGGAGGAGGAGGAGCCGGCUACCAAAGGGUUCUCGGACAUGAACGGCGGCUUCGCGGACCCCUUCAAGGACGACGCCUUCUCCGCGUCCGCCUCCGCCUCCGUGAAUAAUCACGACCCCUUCGCGCCCAAACACGGCGCCACCCCCGCCCCCGCCCCCGCCCCCGCCCCCGCCUCCGCACAGGACGGGUUCGGCCGGGAUCCGUUCGCGUCGUCGGGCGGCGCGGAGGAUCCGUUCGCCGGCGACUCCUUCGCCGACUCCGACAAUAAGCAGCCCGUCGAUCGUACGUGGGAGGCGGACCCGUUCGCGGUGCUGCACGCGCCCACGCGGGGGUCGCCCACGCCGUCGCUGCCCCCCAAGCGGCACAGGACGCCGCCGCCCCGCCCCGCGCCGCCCCGCCCCAACCCGCCCGGCAAGACUGUGGACUUCGCCGAGGACCCCUUCAAGGACUACCGCUACGAGGACCCCUUUAAUAUCGAGGACCCCUUCAAGGACGCCGCGGACGGCAAGGACCCGUUCGCGCGCAGCAGCUCCGCCGCCAUCUUCCAGCCCGACGACUUGUUCGGCGCCGGCAACCUCAACCUCAACCUCAACGGCUUCCCCCGGCCCGAGCGAGGCGGCCGCGUCUCCGCCCCGCCUCUCACCGGCGACCCCUUCUCCAGGUCGCACCCCGCCCCCGCGUCCGCACCCGCACCCGCACCCGCACCCGCACCCCCCGGCGACGACCACUGGGGCUGGAAGGACGACUGGGCCACCGACGACGCGUGGGCCAAACCCGCCACCUCCAGCGACGCGUGGAACGACAACAAAACGGACGACUGGGCCGACUCCGGCCGGAAAACUGACAACUGGGCCGAUAAGACCGACAACUGGGCCAACAAAACGGACAACUGGGCCAAAAACGACUGGGCGGCCGAUUUCGGCGACCAGAAUAGGAACCUUAACGAGACGUGGCCGAACACGCUGCCUAAGAAGGAAAAGUCGCCGAAACCGGUAAAGUACGCCAAGAGUCUCGUUCACACUAUAGGCGGGAUCGGUCGCAGCAAGCAGAAGAAGCGAGGGAAGGAGGAGGGUGGCGGGGGCGGGGGCGGGGCGCCGAGCGAGGAGCAGCAGUGGGCGUGGGCGGCGGCCGAGUCCGCGCGGCUCGCCGACGAGGCGGAGUGCCGCCGCCGGCGGGAGGACGCCGAGCUGCAGCGAGUGCUUGCCAUCUCGCGCCGGGACAAGUGAUCGAGCGAGACGACCACAUGUUCGGAGAAUAUCAUACACGUACCAUCUAUACUGAGAAUUCGUAAACCUUAUUGUAAAGACGUGGCCCGUGCCCGCCGACGGGUAAACUGACGUUCGAGUAUUGUAUUUAAUGAGACCGCAUUAUGGUAUCUUAUCUUGUACUUUUUAGGGUUCCGUACCCGAAGGGCAUAGGUACUUUUAUUUUCAUCAUAAUUAUGAGCCUUCUCAUUGAUAUUUUUUAGAUAAAUGUGCUUUAUUAGAAAUAUUUUUACAGCUGUGGAAUAUUCAUCAAACGGCUGUCGGCAUACUCCGUCUACUGUAGAGUCUAGUCUUCUUGAUAAAAUCUUUCAGGAAAAUGGUCCCAUACGUAGCGUCCGUUCGAUUUGUUUGAUCUAAUGAAACGUUUUAACCGCGUGUAUGAUAUUCUCAAGAAAUGUUAACGGUCGCCGUACCAGUUUCGUGCAUUUGAAAAAUUCGUCCUAUCGUCAUUCGUUCUCUUUAGAACCAUCACCCGGCUUGAAAUGCUUGCCGAUAUGGAACCUAUUCCCUCGCUUUUACCUUCAAUUUUUGAACAUGGGGAGGAAAAGUUAUUUAAGGAGCAUUUAAAACCUCUAAUAAAUGGGCUUUAGAGAUAUUCCAAUUGUGCUCUUCUUUCCUAUUUAGGCUCGUAUUAUAUAUACGCUCGAAUAGGAUUUUAAGUAACAAGAUCGAAUGUAUAUUUGAGAGAAGUAUCAAACGUACUAAACUGUCGUCGUCACUUGUCCUCUGCUCCGAAAUGUCGGUCUAUUGAACGAGGAAUUCCGCGCGCUAGUCAUGUAUCAUUAAAUUAGGUAUAUUAGGGGUCCCACGCGAACCUGUUUGGACAACUUGGCCGAAGCGAAAUCAACUUUAAAACUGACUGCUUAGAGUUGUUUUUGCCUCGGCCGUCGAGCACUUAUUUAUCGUAAGAUUCCUUGCACUUGAACCCAGUUAUCUGUAUUUACUUGUUUGUUUAGGACUAUGCUGUUUUGCUGCUAUGAAAGUUACUUGUCAUUUAGAAAUUACAUUAUUGAUAUCUUUACCAACAAAAUAAUCACACAAGGGAAUUUUAAUGAUGAUUUAUUGAUCAUAGAAAUAAAACCGCAUAAUCUGUUUCAAAUAUAUAUCUGAAAUGUCUGUACGUGGGAAAAAAAGAGAUCCACUCUACAGCAGUAGUAGGCAGUAGCUAAACGAGCGAGAUUAUAAACAAUGAUUUACACAUGCUCUUUCUCUUAACAAUGCAUUCAUGCCAAGAUCAUUUUGUUUUGAACAUCUCGUCCUAUUAGUUACUUCUGCUGCCGACUAUACUACUCGAAAUAUGACUAUAGCUUGUUUCAAAUUUGGUAUAUAUUGUUUUCAAGUACAGACUGUUCAGAUAUUUUGUAUGUUUGUGUAUUGUUAAGGCCUAAACUUCUCCACUUGUAUCAUUAUGAUGUCAACACGCCGUUUUACCCGUAGCAUGUAUAUCUUGGGUUUUUGUUCAAGUCAAGUGUCUAUUGAGAUCAUAAAUAUGCGUACAAUAUUAUAACGAUAAUUAUAGCAUCAAGAUGUGUGUACAUAUUUAUGAGAACGAUGCUUGUGUAUGAUGUGCUCACGGGCGUAAACUCCGGAUUUGGUUUUUGUAUAAAAGAGCAAGCUUAAAUAAUUUAUAAAUAUACUUAUUGUAAAUGUGUCUCGUUGUAAAAAUAUAUUGUUUUAUAUGCGUUUUCUUGUAUGCCGUUUACAUAGAACUAUAUAAUGUAUUGUUACGAUUUAUUCGCUUGUAUGUUUGUUGCCAUGUUCAGAGGAAUGUGGCCAUAAGGCCAUGCUAGCUGUCUUGUUUUAUGACUGCGUCAUAUUUCCUCUUGAGAUUUCUCAUCUCAAGUGGAAAUAUUGCGAAAGUACCUACCAGUGUUAUGUAAUACACACUCAAGAGCAAUAAAAAUAUGACACUAUAUGGAAUGGAAAUAUACAGUUACCUAUUUUAAUUGUUUUUGAGAGUAAUUAAUUUUAACCUUGUAGCAUUAUACUCUGUAAGUAUUUAGGUAGAUGUACAUUAUUAUUAUUUUAUUUGAUUAUGAGAAUAUUACUUGUAAAAUAAUUUCGGUUUAGUUAAAAGUACAGACUUGGUUGCAUUUGAAGUUAUGAUAGCUUGUAAAUGUUUUCUCUGUAAAGUGGAGAGGCGCCCGGAUUAUUUAUUAGUUGUAUGUAUUGUACUCGUACUGUUGGCAGUACUCGUACCGUACUCGGCAUCCAAAGAUCGCUGGACUCGGGUCUCGCACCCAAUGCUCAAUCAAUUGUUAAUGAUGGAUUUAUCGUUUUCCUCGGUUAGGACGCUAGCGCAGUACCUACUGCAGUGCCUUUCCGACUUUAUCAGGGAGGAGUCAUUCAAUAAAGUCUUAUAAUCUUCAUAUCGUCCUGUUUUAACAAAUCGUAAACCUACAAAUAUAUCCUAUGGUCCAAUGAGCAGUUAAUCGUUUCUGUCAGUUGUACAGUCGAUUUCACAAUUUUCACAAACAUCUUUUCAAGCCAACGUUUCAAAAGUUACACGACCUUAUCGUCAGAGUGUCUCAUUAUAAAGGAGUAUGACUGUAUACUCGUACUCGUACUCGUACUCGUAGGAACCUUAGUACAUUAUUGCAACGUUGCACGACUUGCACGGCUCGUAAACAAAACAUGUUUGUGAACUCGACCGUACAAUGCCGCGUGUCCCAUUAUUGUUGUAGAUGGCGCUGCUCAGUGGGUUCUGAUCUUGCAAUCACAGCGCAACGCCAUCUAGUAUCGAAUUUUGGAAACAGAUAAAACGAAUGACGUUGCGCUUAAUUUUUAGCACUCAGAGCGCCAUCUACAACGAAAUUGAGGCCUUUUAUGAACAUUAUAACAGUUUAUUAAUUGAUUUCUCUCUGCUGUUUAUUCAUCUAUAUGUGGUGCGGUUGAGUGAGCGAGAGGGUGUUGCAAUAAUUGAGGUUGUCCCGCUUCUGAUCACAUAUCGGCUGAGUUGACCGGACCGGGGCGCCGCCGACCGCCGACCGCCGCCCGUACAAAUCCUGCCACGUUUUAUAGUGUAUAGAUAGAGGUAUUAAUUUUCAUCAAAUCGGGAACCCAAUUCAAGAAGUUUUAACAAGACGCUCUACCUAUUGUCAAAAAGCAGUUACAGAUAGCUAUCGUUCCGUCUGGAUUAUGUCCACUGGGGGCAUAUAACUAUGUGACAAUCGUUUUACUGCGCCACACGAAACAAUUAAACAAGUUAUGGAAAUGAUCACGUCACUGCGUUUCAUCUAUCAUCCGGAUACAUUAUCUUGGUUAGGCUGGGGGCUUAGUUAAGAUGACAGUCGUUCGUCGAUAAACACCAAAAAAAAGAAUGUGUCGGGAUGAUGGUUGCUACGAAAACUCACGUGACUGUUUUCAUACAUUAUUGAAGUUUCGAUGGCGUAUUCUCUAUCAACGGUCGUCAUCUUGGCUAGGCCCCCUUUUGUUACAGGUGGCAAGUUUGUUUUGUAUGUGGUAAUAUAGGGUGGCGGGUGGCGGGUGGCGGGCGGCGCCCAGUAGUUUAAUUGUUACGCUUACUGUAGCUUUAACGCUUGCGCGCACUCGCACGGGCCGCUCCGCAUGCAGUCGUCACUUGUAACUUCGAUACCAGUGUAUGUACUCGUAUGUAUGUACUCGUAUGUAUGUAUGUAUGUAUGUAUACUGUAUAAGGUGUAUCCUACCGUUGUUAUCUCUUCUUUAGGCGCUGUUGUUUGGUCGCGGCCGCGUGGACGCCGGCUCCUUCAUAUUCUUGAUAUUCCAAAGUUUAUUUAUAAUAGUUGUAGAGCGAUAUUUUCAAAACGUUUAUUGUAUGUUGUCGAGUUAGAGCGUAUAUUUUGUGACGCCUUCAUAGUCAAUUGCUUCUAUAGUACGUUCACGCGCCGCCGACCCGUCUGUUAUCUAGUAUACAAUGUACCUUUCAUUUAUAGUGAACAGAACUUUAAUUCUUGACGUUAACGUGUAUAUGUGUAUUUAAAGCUAAAAUGAUAUAGUAAAUUUGAUAAAUACAGGCAAAUGUAAGCUUGAGUCGGUCGGGCGUAGUCUAAGGUUCAGUAUUACGGUAUCACUACGCUUGUUCGCUAGCGGCGGCGACGGCGACGGCGACGGCGACGGCCGAGCGGGAGGAUAGUUGUUGAUAAUAGAUGGGUGAUUAGAGUAGAAGGAAUGUAAAGUUAGCACCUAUACUUAGGUAUAUCGACCCCAGUACUGGUAAUGGUAACUGGUACCGACAUGUUCGCGUGAACACAUAUUAUAGGGCUGGCACUUGCGACCAUGUUAUGUUUUCACGUGAACUCGCACCCUGUAAAGUACACAGUUGGUUCCCUCGUUGUUGUAAUGUUAUGUAAUGGUCCUAGGUUCAAUGCAGAAUGCACCGAGGAACUGAGACGGUCUCGAACCAAGCAGAUUGCACUCAUAUUAUGACUUAUUCUAUCCACUUGUAGCACUGUCUUUAAUUGGGACAGUUAGGAAAUUAAUUAUUAAAAUAUAAUUGGUGUACAAAUCUAAUGAAACCGCCGCGUAUUUACAAUAGCAAAUAUACACAGUGUCCAAUAAGUCCGAAUACCUACAGUACAAAUAUUUAAUAAAAUAAAUGUACGAGUACGAAUAGUUACUACAAUAGUCAAUUAAAAUUAUAUUUUAUUAAUGUCACACUUAUAUAAUAUAUUUACAACAAAUGUUUUAGAAUAACUCGACAUUUAACUUUUUUCACCAGCCUCAAACGCUUCUCGAAUGAAUCACACGCAACACGCACUAUUAAUUUCCAUUCAUCCAUUUCCAUCCAUCAUGCAUUUCGUCCCAAAUACGCUCGAUAACCUUUUUGAAAUAAUCCAGGUUUAUGAUUUUAUAAUCAUGUAGUUCGAAAGCAUGUACGACUACGACCAUACAAAAUCUAAUACGUUCAAGUCUGGAAAACUGGGUGGCCUUUCAUGUUUCGGCAAAAAAUUUGUCAAAUUAGCCUGACACUUGUCGCUUCGGAAAUGCCAUGUACUUUGCGUUUUUUAUAAGCAUGGCAUCCAAGAUCCACUCAAAAUAUUGUGCACCGAUCUUCUUGAUAAUAAUUUGAUGUCCCGUAAUCAGUAUGUCUUUAGAGCCUACGUAAAAAAUGUGUAUUCGGACUUCUUGGACACGGUAUAUUUGUUCGUAAGUUAAAUAAAUAUUUUUAUUUUGCAAUCAUAUCGUAUUAGGGUUGUCUUGUUUAUAUCGUAGCAUCGAAUAGUUGACUAUACACUGUUCCGUGGCCUCGUUGACCUCGCCGAGCGCGCUGAGCCCGCUCAUUGUCAAAUUGGGCGUCAAGUGCUAUUUGUUCUGCCGUCUCAGUUCCAGGGGCGCUGAACCUUCAUUUUGCAAUGUCGAUGUUUAUUAUUAUAUACUACAUUAUAAAUAUGUCGUUUCUUAUUCGCAGCUUUUUAUAUAUGCAACGAAAUAUAUAUCGUAAGUUUACCGUUUGUGCUUCUGUGAAGCGAAGUUUCUUGCAAUACGUUUACCUACUGAUUGUUGUAAAAGACUCACAGCCGAGUACCAUUGUUCACACCUUUAAUUGACCAUUUAAAAACAUACGGUUUACCGAUGGUCAGUUAAAAGUUUGCUCGUAUUUCAUUAAUUGUAGAUUUCUUUCAUAAGAUAAAGUAAAGUUUACUUGAACUCGAUGAUUCAUACAUAUAUCCUCCGAUUACACAAGUUUCAUAAAUCGAUCUACUUCUACUUAAACAGUAUGGUAUAUUUUUCUUCAUAUCAUUAUUUGUUUGGCGGUAAUUUGUUUUAAGCCUUAAGCGAUAAGGCUAUUACUAAUUGGAAGUUAGAGGAUAUACUUCUGCCGCCACGCCGCGCCGGCGCCGGCGCCGUGAUGCUGCGACUGGUUUCUUUAUCUUUCAUACUUUACCUAUUCAACUACAAGUAUAAGUUAGUAAGUUCAAUUCACGAAGACGCGGUAUUCCUUGUAGUUACAAACGGAAACAACGCGAUUUAUAUUACUUUGUUUCUAACCUUAACGCGAUUAUGUUAAUUAAAUAUAUUGUUUGUAAUAUGAAUAGGACAGGACUAAUAAAAAAUGAAAGAAUCUCGUGGAUUAAAGCUAAAUAGUAUACGGGUUUGAGGCAGUUAAUAUAUACCGAUGCAGAUAUAUAUGCCUGAACACAAACUGUUUGUAGAUAACACCGGACCGGCGCGUUAGUGUCGCCGUGUCGCUAUCAACACAACAUCCGUUCUUUUGAAAACGUUUCAUUGUUAGUUAACGAGA